AAGAGACCUCAGUGCUCUCCCAGCACUAUGGCCGCUUCGAGAGAGGAGAGAAAGAAAACUGAGCCGUGAGGACUGACGCUCGGCCAAUCGUUCUUUAUUGCGUUUCUACCGGCGCUAGUGACGAGGGCUUUUGGCUUCCGAUGCGGGAUUUCUUUGACGCUUCUCUCCUUCCAGUUACGAGCUGGAAGAAGAGGGAGUUCGUGCUGUUCUAGGGUUUGCAUUCUCUUGGUUGUUUGUCAGCAAAUCUAGGGUUUUUUUUUUCUGUCUUUGGGAGGGUAGAUGGCGAUGGUUGUAUUAGGUAAGGGGCAGAAGCUAGCAGUGGACGGGGGGAAGUACGUCAGGUACACGCCGGAGCAAGUGGAAGCUCUGGAGAGGGUGUACAAUGAGUGCCCCAAGCCAAGUUCUAUUAAGCGGCAGCAGCUGAUAAGGGAGUGCCCUAUUCUGUCCAACAUUGAGCCGAAGCAGAUCAAAGUCUGGUUCCAGAAUCGUAGAUGUCGUGAAAAACAAAAGAAAGAGGCUUCUCGGCUCCAAGCUGUUAACAGAAAGCUGACUGCAAUGAACAAAUUGCUGAUGGAGGAGAAUGAUCGGUUGCAGAAGCAGGUGUCUCAACUUGUUUAUGACAAUGGCUACAUGCGCCAACAGCUGCACAAUGCAUCUGCAACAACCACAGAUACCAGUUGUGAAUCUGUAGUGACAAGUGGUCAGCGGCCAAACCAAAAAAAUCCAACACCUCAGCAUCCACAAAGAGAUGCCAACAACCCAGCUGGUUUGCUUGCUAUUGCGGAGGAGACCUUGGCAGAGUUCCUUUCAAAGGCUACAGGAACUGCUGUCGAUUGGGUUCAGAUGGUUGGAAUGAAGCCUGGUCCGGAUUCUAUUGGAAUUGUUGCUGUUUCCCACAAUUCUAAUGGUGUAGCAGCUCGUGCCUGUGGUCUUGUGAGUCUAGAACCCACUAAGGUUGUGGAGCUUCUUAAAGAUCGUACUUCUUGGUUUCAUGAGUGUCGUUGCCUUGAUGUUCUCACAGUAAUUCCGACUGGAAAUGGAGGGAAUAUUGAGCUUUUGUACAUGCAGACGUAUGCUCCUACUACUUUGGCACCAGCACGUGACUUUUGGACUCUCAGAUACACUACUGGUCUUGAAGAUGGAAGUCUGGUGGUUUGUGAAAGAUCAUUAAAUCCUGCAACUGGUGGUCCUGUUGGCCCAACUACUUCAGUAUUUGUAAGAGCUGAGAUGCUUCCCAGUGGCUAUCUUAUUCGCCCUUGUGAGGGAGGUGGUUCAAUGAUUUACAUCGUCGAUCAUGUUGAUAUGGACGCUUCUAGUGUGCCUGAGGUUAUUAGACCAUUAUAUGAAUCACCCAAAGUCCUAGCUCAAAAGACGACACUUGCUGCACUACGGCACAUUAGACAAAUUUCACAAGAGACUGGAAGUGAAGUUGGUGGUGGUGGGGGACAUCAACCUGCUGUAUUGAGGAAUUUCACUCAGCGACUGAGCAGAGGCUUCAAUGAUGCUGUAAAUGGUUUUGCUGAUGAUGGAUGGUCAUUUAUAAGUAGCGAUGCUAGCAUUGAGGAUGUGACCAUUGCCAUCAACUCAUGUCCAAACAAACUUCAGGGAUCUCAUAUCAACUCUUCAGCAAGGUUUUCUUCCCUUGGCUGUGGCAUCCUAUGUGCAAAAGCCUCAAUGUUAUUACAGAAUGUUCCACCAGCUUUAUUAGUUUGCUUUUUGAGGGAGCAUCGUUCUGAAUGGGCAGACUUUGGUAUUGAUGCCUAUUCUGCUGUAUCAUUGAGAUCUAGCCCAUAUUCAGUUCCUGCUGUGAGGGAUGGCAGUGAUUUUUCAGGCAAUCAGGUUAUACUUCCACUUGCUCACACCAUUGAAAAGGAUGAGACUCUGGAGGUAGUCAGGCUUGUAGAACAUGGGUUUAGUCAAGAUGGAGUUUUAUCUAGAAGCGUCAACUUUCUACAGCUUUGCUGUGGUAUCGGUGAAAAUGCAGUAGGUGCUUGCGCACAGCUUGUUUUUGCACCCAUUGAUGAAACUUUUGCUGUUGAAACGCCUCUUCUAGCUUCUGGUUUCCGUAUAAUGCCGUUGGAUCCCAAAGAAGACUCUCCAAAAGCUACUCGAACCCUUGACUUGGCAUCUACACUCGAGGCUGGUUCUGGAACUGCAGCAUGCAGUGAAAAUGAAACUGCUUGCAAUGCAAUUAACUCGAGAUCAGUUUUGACAAUUGCAUUUCAAUUCACAUUUGAGAAUCAUCUUCAAGAUAAUGUGGCUGAAAUGGCACGGCAAUAUGUCCGUAGCGUGGUAGCAUCAGUUCAAAGAGUUGCUAUGGCAAUUGCACCUUCUCGUCUGAGUUCUAGUCUAGGGGCAAGACACACCCUUGGUUCACCUGAAGUCCAUGCACUGACAGGCUGGAUUUUUCGAAGUUACAGGUUUUACACCGGAGUAGAACUCUUCCCAACAGAUGCUCAAACCAAAGAAUCUUGUCUGAAGAGUCUGUGGCAUCAUUCGGAUGCAAUCAUGUGUUGUGCCUUGAAGGUUCCUCCUAUUUUCAACUUUGCUAACCAAGCAGGACUCGACAUGCUAGAAACUACACUAGUAGCUCUGCAGGACAUAACACUAGACAAGGUUCUUGAUGACAAUAGCAGGAAGGUACUGUAUGCAGAAUUCCCCAAGAUCAUGCAACAGGGCUUUGCUUACCUCCCUGCUGGAAUCUGCACUUCAAGCAUGGGGAGGCCGAUAUCUUACGAACAAAUCAUAGCUUGGAAGGUCUUGAACGAAGCAGACUUGCCCUAUUGUUUAGCUUUCAUGUUCGUGAACUGGUCAUUCGUAUGAGAACGGUAAUGUCCAGGUCUUCAAAUGGAACUUUAGGUUUCUUUUUUAUGUAUGCCAUGGUUCUGUAAUGUAAGCAAAUGGAAGAUGAUCUCAAACCUGCCUGUGUUUAAACAUUAUGUAUGUGAAUUGCCUCUAUGGUUUCUAACAUGCCAAAUGUUGUUUCAUGUCA